CAUCCCCUUCCCUCCUCCCAUCCCCGUCCCUCCUCCCAUCCCCCUCCCUGCCUGCCGCCUUUUCCUGCACAAAUGGAGGCAAAGUCUACCCACCACCCUGAUGUCCUGUUUUCACUUGCAGUCAUGGAGAACCUUUUGUGUCAUCCCCAAAAGAAUGGCUGCAACAUAAUCUACUGUAAGAAUGUGCCAGAACCUAUUUAACGAGUCUCUUGACCAUCGGCACUUGGGCCGUGUCCCGUUUUCUUCUAAACAAUGCUGUAGUGGAUAACUCAAGGCAAACAUCAUUUCACACAGGUGCGAGGCUGCCUCUAAGACAAAUACCUCCCGAGGCAUUGCCAGGUCAAGGCCAUGUGCGCUGUCAUCAUGACAGAUGCGGCCACAGCACCUCCCGAGAGGGUUCCCGCCGCCGCGCCCACCCGCGAUGCCCGAGGGAUGCGAGCACUUCUGCUGAGUGCCUUUCUGUCCUCCAGAAGCUCACCGGACCCCCCGCCCCCCGACCACCCUCACCCCGGGUUUCUGGCCUCUGGUCUCAGAAUCAUUUCUUCCACUGACAUCCUAUGCAGAACGUUGAUAACUGACAGAAAUGGAAGUGAGCCGGGGUCUAGGCAGGGAUGGGCUUCUGCUUCAUUGUCUCCCACCCCCAGGACCCCACCUCUGGGCCACCCAGCCAGGGCACAAGGAGAGACACUGAGUUCUCCCCGGGCUAAAGAGGCAGGGGGAGAGAGCAUCUCUGGAGCCGGGAGAGAGCCAGACCACGAGGAGGGAUCACAGGGCUGGAGCCAGGCCACAGAGGGCGCUCCAGACAGGCCGGCUGAGGAAGUGUCUCCCGGCCCAGUGGCCUGCCCGCCAGGCUGACUGUCAAGCCUUCAGAAAUUCUGGGAACCAGUUGUUAAGCACUCCCGUUACUGAGAAUUAAAUUAUAUGAACUUACAAUUAAUACAUUAUACUCAAAGCAAAGAUAACACCUACUCAAAAUUCAUCCCUCCCUAAUGACUUUGCUCCAUUUCGCUGCGAGCUGUGGUCGUGAGGUUCCCUACAGGGACGCAUCUGGAAAUACUCCUGCACAUCUCUCCCCAGCUCUGCGGGCAGACCUGCCAUGGGGGUAGCUUGAAAUUGACCGUGGUGGGAGCCUUUACACCACAGAAGUUGGCAGACACUGCCAGUUGGGGCCGGUUCACCCCCUGUAGCUGGUUGUGCAACGUCUGCCCUGAAUGCUCCCUCCUCCUGCCCUCUGACCUCCUGCCUCCUGCCUGCCUCUCCCUUUGAUCAAAUCCAACCAGAAGCAGCUGGCUAGCUCCCGGGGCUCACAGCAGGACAGAGAAGGGAGAGCAUGGACCUGGGAGAAGCCAGUGGAAGAUAAUUGGCACACCAGGCCCCUGCUCCCGGGGAGACAAAAGACACCUUGUGGUCCGCAUCACCCUCCGUGUGGGGCAGGCGUCUGUGACCAAGGAGGCUCGGGCUGGUGCUCUGACGACGGAGCAGACCACGUCAGCCCUGAGCUCCAACCCCUUUGCAGUUUCUAGAGUCAUGAUAACAUGCUUCUAAUGCAGGGAAUUUGUGUUCCCAUUUUGAUUGAUUCAUCACCAACGUGUUCACAAGCCAGGAGUCAGGGGUUCUCACACUUGAGCUGCAUCAGAACCCCCAGAGGGUUUGUGGGAACACAGCUGCCAAGCCUCACCCGCAAGGUUCUGAUUCAGUGAGCGCGAUAUUGUGAUAUAAUAAGACAUCCCUGCUUCCCGGCCAGAGCUCCUAAAACCUUUGUCAUUUCCUACAUGAUGAAAUGCUAGGAGCAUGUUUUAUACUAACGGUUGAUCUCUGACCCCCACUUCUGGACUCAGAACUUCCAAAUCCCUUGGAAUUUCCUGGGUGAGGGGAGCAUCUUUUGUUCUAAUGACGUGACCCUGGGUGGCCUCGGGGACGGCUUCAGGAGGGGGCUGGUCACCAGGACCACGAUGGGAAGCUUGGAGCUUUCAGCCCCACCGUCAUCGUCCAGGGAGGGGAGAGGGGCCGGGGACUCAGUUAACAAUCGAUCGUGCCUCCGCGAUGAAGCCUCCAUAACAAUCCCUAAAGUAUGGGGUUUGGAGAGCUGCCAGGUCAGUGAACGUGUCCCCAUGCCGGGAGGGUGACGCACGCCAGCUCCACAGGGGACAGGAACUCCUGUGCUCGGGAUCCUUCCAGACUUCCCCCGUCUGUCUCUUCAUCUGCCUGUUCAUGUGUAUCCGUUCAAAUAUCCUUUGUAAUAAAUCAACAAUAGUAAGUAAACUGUCUUCCCGGGUUCCCUCUAGCAAAUUAGUGAAACCAGGGAGGGCGUCGUGGGAACCUCUGAUUUGUGGCCAAGGCGGACAGAAGUGUGGGUGGCCUGGGGACCCACGGCUUGUGCCUGGCGUCUAAGUGGGGCAGCAGGGACUGCGCCCCUAACUUGGGUCUGUUCCAUCUCUGGUUGGUGGCAGAAUUGAAUUGUAGGACACCCAGCUGGGGUCUGAGACUCAGUCGCUGAGGGCAGACACCCACACAUCUGGGGCCAGAGGUGCUGUGAAUAUGAGAGUAAAGGAAAGAAGCAGUGAGUUUGUCCCAGAGAGUGAGUCUGCAGUGGAGCCUGAGAACUUGCAUCUCUGAGUUCGCAGGUGGUUGGUGCUGAUGUGGGCUUUACUGUACGAAGCUGAGCAUUUCCUGCUCUGGGACCCCACUUGGAGAAUUCAGCUCCGAAGUGUGGCCAGGUGGACCAAGGUGAUGUGCACGGGCCAGAGCUUACAGUGAUUAAACCACCAGCUCAUUGCAAGAGGGGAUGCACUGAGGCACAGGAAACAGGGACGGUUGCCCAGGAAACCCAUGCGCGUAGGACCAGGGCAGUGGCACAGCUUGGGUCCCUGAAUUUCAAAGAUAACUUGCUGAUAACAGGAAGAAAACGCCUCUCCCGCUUAGGAAGCAGGGACUUGCUGACAAAGCCCCGACCCGGGCUGAGGACGGAAGGGGAAGAGAAAUCUUGGAAGAGGGAGGAAAUCAAUCAGGCAGGGGCUGCCAAGGUCGCCGGCCACCGAGGCAGCAGGAUUCAGGGCCAAGGAAUGUGCCUCUCAGUCCAGAGUCCGGAGCGAGCAAAGGACGGCAAACGCGAGAAAGAACAUUCUGUGUGGUUCCUUUGAUGUGAAGUUCAAGAACAGGCACCACUAACCUCAGGGGCCAAAAGUCGGACAGAGAGCUGGGCGUGUUCCAUGUCUUCCCCUGAGUGGGGGUCACACGGGGGUGCACACUUUGGACUUUACUGUACGGAGUACUGUACUUAAAGUACAGUGUGGGCUUUACUGUACGGAGCUGAGCAUUUACUGCACAUUUACCAAGGCCUCCUGUGUGCCGGGCGUCCUGCUGGGCUCUGAGGACGUAGCUGGGAGGAAGGGGCUGCCCUGACUGUGUGGCAUCCCUCCCGCGGUGCAAACCCGGUGUGCUCAGAAGAGCCCCGGCCAAGGUGGCUUCGAGCGGGCAGGUGGAAGUGGGCCGAAGGAUGCGGGUCAGGGCCCGGGAGACGUCGGCAGGUCGCCACGAUGCUCUGGUUAGAUCUGAGAAGACGAGGCGGCCGCCUGCAGGAGGGCGACGGAGGGACGUGUGCUCCCAGCGGAAAAGACAGUCCACGCAGAAGGACAGAAAUGACGUGUGUGCAGGGAACUGUGGGCCUUCGAUACGGCUGGAAUGUGAGGUUCAAGGUGGGACAGAGCCAGAGAUAUUCGGCUGGGGAGAUAAACAGGGCCGGUGGUGGAGGGCCGGUGGUGGAGGGCCGGGCGAUGCCGCCGAGUUGGAACUUCUCCACCCCUGCCCAGCACCCCCCCCGCCCCGCCACCGCACCAAGGCAGGGGCUGGCUGCAAAGCAAGCUUCCCGUGCAGGAAGCUGGCUGGUGUCGGGGGGGCGGGGGCCAGCCGGGCGGCGGCCGCAGGGACCCGGCCAAGGUGGUGCGUCCCUCUGGAGAGCCACGUGCAGUGUCUGGUAACCUCACACACUCGCCUUCCCUGUGACCCGGCGUUUCCGCUUCCAUGCAUUCACCCCAAUAAACGAAAGCCAGUGUCCCCGCAAAGGCUCGCUCUGGAACCAUCAGAGCAAAAGCUAGGAACAACCAAAUGUCCAGGAAACAGGCACACAAGCUGUGGAGGAUGCAGAUGGUGAGGCUCUGCCCAGCGGUUAAACGCAGGGACCCACGACCCACGCACCGGUGUGAGCACGACCCACGCACCGGCGUGAGUGGACCCGGGGCCAGAGAUCCAGACAUGAGAGGACAUUCCGUGCGAUGCCGUUGGUGGCAAGAUGGAGAGCCAACAACACUAAUGCGUGGGGACCGGAGUCAGAGGAGGGGGCAUUCUAGGGGGCCGCGCAUGGCCUGCAUGGUGGCCUGCAUGGUGGCCACGUGGGCGUGCACAUCUGCAAACUUAAGCGUGCACUGCACUGUGUGUAAGUUAGAAGUUACACCCGCUGCAUAGAACUCACGGGGACAAUGCAGGUUACUGCAUUGCAGGACAAUGCAGGCGAGAGAUGGGGAGGCCCUCGGCAAUGGACAGAUGGGGGGCUGUGCAUGGUGGGGAAGUGACAGGAUGUCAUGCCCCCUUGCUCUGGGGACCCCCUCCUGGGGAUCAAUGCGUUCAGCCAUCCAGUCCCAGGCACCUGAGUGUGCCAGGGAGAAGCCCGCCAGGAGCUCCAGGCUGGUGAGCGUUGGGAGGCCUGGUGAGGAGGGCCCAUGGAGACCUUGGGUGCGGGGGGCCCGUCCAAGGCCAGAGUCAGAACCAGCCUCCAGUCUCGGGGCCUCUGCGGCGCUUGGUGUCUGGCGGGAGCUCAGAACCUGAUCAUGGCGUGAAUGGAUGCGAGAAGGAGCUCAGGGCCAGACUGCUGGUAAAUUCUUUUGCUGUGAGGCAUCUCUUACCCUGAAAACGACUGGCUGGCAGGCCCCCACUCCUGCACCUCUAAAUGGGACCAGGGCCGCUUCACAGGCGUUCGGGGCUCAGAAGGGCCCUCGCUGGGUUUAAGCUCUGCUUUCACCAUCUUGAUCUUCUUUUUUUUUUUCACUGAAGUAUGGUUGAUUUCCAGUGUUGUGCUAGUUUCGGGUGUACAGCAAAGUGGUUCUCUCUUUUUCGGAUUCCUUUCUGUUAUACGUUAUUAUAAGAUAUUGAGUAUAGUUCCCUGUGCUCUACAGUAGGUCUUAAUUGUUUAUUUUAUAUAUAGUGGUGUGUAUCUGUUAAUCCCAAACUCCUAAUUUAUCCCUCCCCCCCUUUCCCCAUUGGUAACCGUAAGUUUGUUUUCUAUGCCUGUGAAUCUGUUUCUGUUUUGUAAAUAAGUUCAGUUGUAUCAUUUCUUAGAUUCCACGUAUAAGUGAUAUCGUAUGAUAUUGGUCUUUCUCUGUCUGACUUACUUCACUAAGUAUGACAAUCUCUAGGUCCAUCCAUGUUGCUGCAAAGGGCAUUAUUUUAUUCUCCUUAUGGCUGAGUGAAAUUCCAUUGUGUAUGUACCACAUCUUUAUCCAUUCAUCUGUCAAUGGACACUUAGGUUGCUUUCAUGUCUUGGCUAUUGUAAAUAAUUCUGCAGUGAGCACAGGGGUGCAUGUAUAUUUUCAAAUUAGAGUUUUUGUCCUUUCUGGAUAUAUGCCUGGGAGUGGGAUGGCUGGGUCAUAUGGUAAUUCUAUUUUUAGCUUUUUAAGGAACCUCCACGCUGUUCUCCAUAGUGGCUGUAUCAAUUUACAUUCCCACCAGCAGUGCAGGAGGGUUCCCUAUCAUCUUGAUAUUCUUACUAACUGUUGAACGAGGGGCCCUGCGUUAUCAUUUUGCUCCAGGCCUGCAUAUUCUGUAAUCUGUCUUGGUUUUGGCCCUGGGAGAGGGGUCUCUGGGCAUCUUGGGGUAGGGUAGAGGGUGCUAAGACUGAACCAGGACAGCUGUCUGGGGGGUUGGGGGCUCCCAGACACACAUGCAAUCCCACGGUUGCCAGGGAGGAGGGGAGAUUCAGGGUGUAAUCAUGGUGGUAUUAGGGCAGGAGACUCACAGGACCCAGAUCCUGCUGGGACCCGGGCUCCUGUCCUCCCCAUGAGGUCCCUGGGAGAGGCACCAGCACAGGGGGUGCCCACUGACAUCAGUGGGCACCGUGGGCCCAAAGCUUCCUGCGGAGUGGUCUGCGGGGCUGGGUUUCAAGAGCCCGACCUGUUUCUCCACAGCCCCAGGCCCCGGCCAGAGACCCAACCCGCCCUGCACACGUGGAAGCAGCAGCCAUGCAGGGCAGUCCCAGGAGAAGGAAGAGGGCAUCCAGGGUGGUGGCUGCCCCUGCCCAGGACAGACCACACAGGCUCAGGGAGAGGAGAGCCUACUGGGCGGCUCUGGACCCUCGGGAAGGAGGACAGACCAUGCCCGCAUGCCCUGUGACCUUUAACCCCUCAGCAAGUUCCACCCACUGGCAUUUCCACCUCUCCUCUCUGCGUCUCAUACCCUACAGCACACAUGCACACGCACACACGCACACAGUGUCUGGAAUAUGGCCCGACCCAGGUGGAGCUUCUUCCUGGGGACAGAAAGUGGCCGUGACCUUGAUGCUUUCUUGGGACAGACGCCACAGCCCCCAAUCCACACUCACCUUCACCCUCCCCACGAUCUUUUCAAAAUGUGAGUCUGAUCCCAUGACCCUCAUCUGGGGUCUUCCCUUUGCUCCUGGGACAAAGACCACCAGGCUGUGCGUGACCUGGCUGUUGUCAGCCCCUGCAGCCUCAGCUGAUACCCUCACUCAGACACACGCCCCCUUUUGGUUUCUCAGAAGACUCCUUCCAACCUCAGGGCCUUUGCACCUGCCACUUCCUCCACCUGGAAGACCUUUUCUAGCCCAGUGGAUCCUUCCCACCCUCUGCUCCCGGCCCAGUUGUCUCUUGGGGGCCUUUCCUGACAUGACCAGACUGGUGACAGGACAUUCAUUCACAUGCUCAUCUGCUCAUCUUCCCACUGGGUCGUCAUCUCCUUGGGGGCGAGAUCUGCAUCUUCCUCCAGCGUCGUGCGCCCAUCUCCUAGCACAGCACUGGUGCAUAGACGCCUGCUAACUGAGUCCCUGAAGGGCGGGGAGCAUGGAGCCCCCUCCCCAGAGUCCUGGCCUUUUUAGGGGGAAGCAGCAUGGUGGCCCUAGAGGCACCUCUUCCCCUCCUGGACCUCAGCUUCUCCACCUGGGAAGCGAGGCGUUGGGCUCAUGGGGCAGCUCCCUCUGAGUGUCGAUGUCCUGGUAGCCGGGACCCUGCGCCUCAGCUCUCAGGGGGCCCAGGGUUCCCAGGGGAGUAGGGCACAAGAGCAGAGGAUGAUCUGCGCCUGCCCCCUGGCUGGGGAGACAGCAUCUGCCAUGCUCAUCAAAUAGAGGAUGGAGUCCGAAUCCCAGAAGGAGGGAGAAGGCUACAGCGGCCUGGAGUCAGGUCCAGGGUCCUUGACGGCCAGAGGUGGACAAGCCCAUCCUUGCCCAGACUUGUGAAGAGAACAGAGCCAGGCCCAGCCCGAUGAUGAUUUAGCCCCCAUGCCUCCGAUUCCACUGUCAAAGCGUCAUCACCUGUAGUGCAGAAAUCGUCCCGUGACAAGGGUGUCUGGGGCACCCUGCUCAUGCAGCGGACACCUCGGCGCCCCUCCUCCCCGAGCCCGCACAGCCAGGCUGUUCCUCUACCCCCAACCAUGCACCAAACGUGCAGAGCCCCCAAGGCCCGGCCCGGACUUGACUGUGCCCGGGGGCGGCACCCCAGCGCUGCAGAGGGCAGGCAGCAGUGGAGGUCAGAUGGCAGGCUGCCCAGCAUGCUGGCUCCCCCAUCAGUCCAAAGAGCCCAGGGCCUGUCAGGUCCUGCUGGAUGCAGCCCUGUGAGCAAGGUGGGGCUCUCGUCUAUUCAGACAGGCACCCCCUUGUCCCGGGCAUCUUCUUACCCAGCUCCAAUCACAGUACCUCAGUGCCAUCAUGGGAUUGCCCCCCUUUAAAAUGUACAAGCAGUACUCGGCCAUGGCAGAUAACGUGGACCUACAUGUAAGGAACAGUCCUAUUAUCCCAUUAUCCCACUACCCAGUGAUGCUUCUGGUGAAGAUGAUGAUGAAGAUGAAGAUGGUGAUGAAGAUGGUGGUGAUGUUGGUGGUAAUGGAGAUGAUGAAGAUGAUGGUGGUGGUGAUGAUGAAGAUGGUGAUGAUGGUGAUAGAGAUGAAGAUGAUGGAGAUGGUGAAGAUGAUGGAGGUGAUGAAGGUGAAGAUGAUGGAGAUGAUGAAGAUGAAGAUGAUGGUGAUAGGGAUGAAGAUGAUGGAGAUGAUGAAGAUGAAGAUGAUGGUGAUAGAGAUGAAGAUGAAGAUGGUGAUGGUGACGAAGGUGACAGACAAUGGGGAUAAGGAUGAAGAUCAUGAGCAUGAGGAACCAGAAACCAGCUGUGGUUCAUUUUGGUCUCAGCUCAGGAUAGUAUCAAAGGAGACCAAGCAGGCCUCGUUUCUUCAGAAAACAAAACCACUCCCAAGGAAGGCUCUGUGUUUGGAGGGGGAAUUGGGCUCAGUUGGGAAGGUAGGCAGCAGGGGGUGUUGCCGCCAUCAGGCUGCCUGGCUCGGCCCCUCACUGUCCCUUGAUUUGCUCCUCUGUAAACCUGGCUGAUGAUGGGACCUGCCUCGGAGAAUGACGUGCACACUGAUGGUACACAGAGCACUGAGCACCAGCCUGGCGUCUGGUUAGGAUGUAAUAGAUCGUAGCUUUUAUCGUUAUCGUUUUUAUCCCAGUCUCUCUGUUCUCUCCGGUUGGCCCGCUCUCCUGCUGAAGCCACUUUUCCCUCCCUCCCCUGGGCCACGCCGCCACCUCAGCUGAGCCAGUGGGGCCUCUAAGCUUCUUUGCAAGAUCCUCACGGGGUCUGCCUGUGGUCCAGGGGGCCCCAGAGUCAGCGGCCCUGCAAAGAUGCACCCGUUGCAUUGCUCAAACCGGGAGAAUGGCUGGUAUUCGCUUUUUUUCUUUUAUAAAUUUAUUUAUUUUUGGCUGCAUUAGGUCUUCGUUGCCGCGCGCGGGCUUUCUCUCGUUGCGGCGAGCGGGGCUUCUCAUUGCGGUGGCUUCUCUUGUUGCGGAGCACGGGCUCUAGGCACACGGGCUCAGUAGUUGUGGAGCACAGGCUUAGUUGCUCUGCGGCAUGUGGGAUCUUCCCGGACCAGGGCUCGAACCCGUGUCCCCUGCAUCGGCAGGCAGAUGCUUAACCACUGCGCCACCAGUGAAGCCCCCAGAGUCCGUGGCCCUGUGAAGAUGCACCCGUCGCCUUGCUCAAACCCGGAGAAUGGCUGGUAUUCUUGACCCCUGGGGUCGGCUCUCACGGGACUACGCUUGUCUCCUCCCAACUCCGCACAUCGAGUUGGUAGCUUCAGAUCAGCCGUGGUGGGAGUUUUUAGGCCGUAGGAAUCGGCAGGUACGGCGAUCCUGGCUUUUCCUUUGGAGGGAGUCAGUCAGCGGUUCCACAUUUAGCAGGACAGCACCGCUCGCUCCCCAAGUAUAACCUGUCAUCGAGUCGUGCUGACGCUGGCUCCAGGAGGGACCGAGCACCCAUCUAUUCCCGGCCUAAACCGCCAGCCUCGUGGCCCAGGGCACUGCCAUUUCUCGCCAAGUAGCCACCACAGCCUGCCCACUGCUCUGGGGCUUCGCUGGCCGGGCAGGGGCUCCCACUGCAGCCCAGGUAAUGUCCAGGUUGUUUCUCUGCACGGCCUGUCCUUGGCCAGCCCCUCGGGCUCACCUGCACCCUUCUAACUUCCUUCAGUUCUUCAAACAAAGCAGUCCAGUUGAUGAUCUGGGGGGCUUCUGCUUGGGAGUGUCUCUGUCCUGCCUUCCCUCGGCCUCCCCCACCAACUCCCUGGGUGACCAGGCCACCUCAGCGGAAGUGCUCCCACUGCCAAGGGGCUCCCCGUCACCCUCACCGCCCUCACCCCCAUUCCUCCAAAGCUCCCCCGUACCGUCUUCUCUCGGACGCGGGACACUUGGGCAUGAAGCGCUUGUUGGCUCUGGUCUGGUUGGCAAGGCCCGAGCCUCCUGGGUUAUGAGCUCUUGGUAUAUAAGUCCAGCGCACUGUAGGGCUCAGGAAAUGCAAGCUCCGGUUAUCCCUGCUUCACAUGAGCAGCAGAGCGCUGGGUCCAGAGAGGUUGCCCGGAACCAGAGGAAAGUGAGGCAGGGCAUCGCGGGCAGAGCAGGGCAGCCGGCGGGAGACAGCAUGGGCGCUGGGUGCCGGGGGAACCCUGAGAGCCGGGGCAGGUGGGGCCCCCUCCAGGUCCAUUCCUGCCGGGCCUGUCUGCUGGGCCUGAGGCCAGGCAGGUCCGAGGACAGCCAGGAGCCCCUGCAGGUGGCACAGCAGAGGAGGUACAGGGUCUAAUUUGCAGUUUAUAAGAGACUCUGGAGGUGUCUCUUAUGGGGCCUCAGUAAGGAGGGACAGGAGUCUGGAACCCUGCUUCCGGCAACCACGAGACCCCGAAGCCCCGCAGCUGUCUUCCCGGGAAUUCACAGGUGCUCUCUGCAGAGCAACAUGUGAAAUGCCCCUGGGGCUAUUCUCCCAGCCCGUCCAGUCCCUGGGGAAAGGUCUAGCUCGCAGGACGCAGGACGAAGGACGGUGAAUGAGGUCACUGAGGCCUUGACCUCACCACCGCCCAGGAAGGCAAGGCCUGAAGGGUAUGUGAAAUCCAAUAAGGACAGCAAACAGGGCUUUUUUUAGCAGCAUGUGGGGCAAAAGAAAAAAGGAAAGGGAUGCCGCUGCUACCCUGGGCCAAUGGACAACAGCAGUGGACUUCCCCAGGAGUGCUUAUCCGCCCGGACAAUGAACUUGGACUAGAAGGAACCACAUACCUGCUAGGAGGGCCCGGAAGCUUGGAGGAGGGGCAGGUCAGGGCAGGUCACAGCCCUCGGCAAUACCACUGCUCCGCGUGCUGAGGGACCUGGGACAUGCCCUAAGAGGACUCACAGGACACCGGCAGGCCCCUCCAGGUCAGGGACAAGCAGAUGGGCCCCGGGUUUCUGAGGGACGAGGGGGCACGUGCUCACUCUCCAGCCCCAGAUCACAGAUUGCUUCUGGAUUACCAGCCGGAGGGAGAAGGAAGCAGCGGCCCAAGGACUCAGCACGGGUUCUCCAGGAGCAGUCGAGUCAGAUGACGGUCAUUCCUUUGUCUUGUGGGGCCUGCAGACGUGUCCGGAGGAUGGCGUGGACGGCAGUGGCUCUCAGGGUCACGCAGGAGACUGGGGACAAUGCAGACAGCGGGGCUCAUCCCAGAAUUUCUGAUCUAGUGAAUCUAGGGUGGGGCCUGAGAAUCUGCAUUUCUAGUAAGUUCCCCGGUGCUGCUGAAGCUGCUGGUCCGGGGAACCACACUUUGAGAACCACUGCGCUAGAGGAUCUUUGUGGGGGAGGGGUGGAAAUGUGGGCUGGAUGAUUGGAAAAUGACUCUCUGCCCAGAGUGAAAAUGUCUGGAUGGUGGGAAGCACAGGUGGCGGUAUCCACAGUUUGCUGAGAACCCACAACGUGCCAAGCAGCAAGCUACCCUGAGGGACAGGUGUCCCUAUUUUAUAGACGAGGAGAUGGAGGCUCAGAGAAGUGAAGUAACUUGCCCAAGGACACACAGCUAAUAAGUUCCAGAGGGGCAACCCAGAGCUUCUGACUCCACAGACAGGACCCUUUUCACUCACCCCUCUGCCAAAGAUAGAGCUGUGUCCACUAGUGGGAGGGUCUCUAGUGGCGUACCACAGGGCUCUGUCUUCAAGCCCCUGCAAAGUUGUCAUCAAAGAUUGAAAUAUGCAGAAGGCACACCAAUCUAUAUGCACGUGAUAUAAAGCCAAGGGGGGCCAUUCGUGCUCAAAAUCUUUUAAGAAUCUGUCAGCAAAGUGUGAAAGCAACAAGAUUCAUUCACUCAUUCAUUUCGUAUUUAUUGAGCUGCUACUGUGUCUGUCCCAGGCCCUGCAUAAGGCAUACAUCAGUGAACAAAAUGAAACAGAAAAUCCUUGUCUCAAAUUGCCUUUCCUUAUGAUUAUUACUACUGAUUAUACAAAGAUAGUGAAAAUUCGGAUUUUAAAGAUCCAUCUACAGGAAUUCCCUGGUGGUCCAGUGGUUACGACUCUGUGCUUCCAUUGCAGGGGGCACGGGUUUGAUCCCUGGUUGGGGAACUAAGAUCCUCUGUACCACGUGGCGCAGCCAAAGAAAACAAAAAAAAAUCCGUCUACAAUUCCUUGGCCCUGCCUGGCAAAGAUUCUAGCUUCCUUCUUUUUUUUGUUUUUCCUUGAUUCCUUUCCACUUCCUGCCCUCAGGCCCACGUCGUCUGCUUCCCUUGUUUCUAUCAUAACGAGUUUCCACAUUGCCUCCUGGCUCUGUGGCUGGCUUUUUUUUUUUUCCAAAGGCUGCCGAAUGGUCCUCUCUGAGCACUGGCUCCCGCUGUCUGGACUGUGCUCAGUGGCCAGCACGGAAGUUGCUUAGUUCUUGCUAUAAAUAUCAAUGCUUGGUGCGUGUCUCCUUGUCUGUCGUGGCCGGGGUUUGUCUCUGCUUCCAGGUUUUCCCUUAGGAUUGGAAUUUAGGCUCAGGGGCUGGCUGUGCAUAGAGGGAAUGAGAUGAGAAGCCGUGGGGGUCAACGUCGAGUCCUCCAUCAAGUUCAAAAGUCAAAGCUGAGGAAACCAAAUCUCGGUUGCUGCCAGCCCCAAGCCCCCCCGAGAGCCGCAGCCAUGAGCAACGGAUGGAAGGACCACCUUGGUGCCCGCAGCUCAGAGCCCCUCCCGGUCGUCAUCAUCGGCAAUGGUCCCUCUGGCAUCUGCCUGUCCUACCUGCUCUCAGGUUACAACCCCUAUGUGAAGCCAGAUGCCAUCCACCCACACCCCUUGCUGCAGAGGAAGCUCACCGAGGCGCCGGGGGUCUCCAUCGUGGACCAGGACCUGGAUUACCUGUCCGAAGGCCUUGAAGGCCGGUGCCAAAGCCCUGUGGCCCUGCUGUUUGAUGCCCUCCUGCGCCCAGACACAGACUUUGGGGGCAACGUGGAGUCUGUCCUCACCUGGAAGCACCAGAAGGAGCGAGCCAUCCCCCACCUGGUCCUGGGCCGGAACCUGCCAGGGGGCGCCUGGCAUUCCAUUGAAGGCUCCAUGGUGACCCUGAGCCAAGGCGAUUGGAUGGGGCUCCCGGACCUGCAGGUCAAGGACUGGAUGUGCAGGAAGCGAAGAGGUCUUCGCAACAGCCGGGCCACGGCCGGGGACAUCGCCCACUACUAUAGGGACUACGUGAUCAAGAAGGGCCUGAGCCAUAAUUUUGUGUCUGGCGCCGUGGUCACGGCCGUGGAGUGGGGGACGCCCGAGCCCAGCAGCCCCGGCGCCCGGGACCCCAGCCCCCUCUUCCAGGUGAACGGCUUCGUAACCACCGCGGACCAGAGCCAGCAGCCCUUCUCCCUAUGCGCCCGCAACGUGGUCUUGGCCACUGGCACGUCUGACAGCCCAGCCCGGCUGGGCAUCCCCGGGGAGGCCCUGCCCUUCGUCCAUCGUGAUCUGUCGGCCCUGGAGGCAGCCACGCGGGCAGGCACCGUGUCCCCGUCCUCGGACCCCGUCCUCAUCAUCGGGGCGGGACUGUCGGCGGCUGACGCAGUCCUCUACGCCCGCCACUACAACAUCCCUGUGAUCCACGCCUUCCGCCGGUCCGUGGAUGACCCCGGCCUGGUGUUCAACCAGCUGCCCAAGAUGCUGUACCCGGAGUACCACAAGGUGCACCAGAUGAUGCGGGAGCAGUCCAUCCUGUCGCCCAGCCCCUACGAGGGCUACCGAAGCCUCCCCGCGCACCAGCUGCUGCUCCUCAGGGAGGACCGCCAGGCCGUGUUCCGGGACCCCCGGGGCCUCCAGAAGGUCUUCGGCAUCACCCUGGUGCUGGCCCUCAUUGGCUCCCACCCUGAUCUGUCCUUCCUCCCGGGCGCAGGCGCUGACCUUGCCACGGACCCCAGCCAGCCACUGAGCGCCAAGAGGAACCCCAUUGACGUGGACCCCUUCACUUACCAGAGCGUCCACCGGGAGGGCCUGUACGCCGUGGGGCCACUGGCCGGGGACAACUUCGUGAGGUUUGUGCAGGGCGGGGCCCUGGCUGUGGCCAGCUCCCUGCUGAGGAAGGAGGCCAGGAAGCCGCCCUAGCACCUGGCCUGGCAUCCUUGCACCCAGGCCCUAAAGAGGAGGGGAGAGCACCACGGCCCUGCUGGACGCAGAGCCCAUCCCAAGAUGCCCCAGUGAUGGAAGGGGGCCUCUCCUGGCAGGAGACAGGAGCGGCCACGAGCCCAUGCAACGGCCCUCUCAGAUGAAGAGUGAGAAACCCAGGCUGCCAGGACUCAGACCAGGGUGGAAAGAGUGACCACAGGACAGGGGAGGCCCAGAGCUGUAACUGGGGGUGAGAGCUGCCGGUGUGAGCUGGGGUCACCGGGGCCAGCUGAGCACCGAGCCAGGAGGACCCCAGGCCCUGCUCUUCCCAGAACCGGGUCCCAAAUAAAACCAGCGCCUGCCUGCA